CAUGUACAUAUCGGUAUCUGUUUCUUUAUACUGAUAAAGAGUUCGGCAAUGAACUCCACUUGGUCUGUCGACUGGUUGCUUGCUGUGAGCACGGCUAACACGGAGCUAGUCCGCACAGGUGAGACAAACACCUCUUACGUAGCGCUGGCAGGGGUUAUCUCCCUUCUCCUAUGCCUGCUCCUGCUCGCCAGUAUCAACACGUGCAUCACCUGCAGAAAUCCAGGCAGAACAGAAACACCUCCAUGCCUUGACUCCAUAGCAGAAUUCAGCAGAGUGGCGGAUCUAUGUUCACCAUAUCAUACGACUCACUUACAUCCAGCAUGUCACAGUUCUUCCAAACCUGGACGGAAAUCGUCUGGAAGUGAUGGGUACGCCAAACCCUUCCACCCUGGACGAGGGGUCAGCUUGAGCGAACACUAUGUGUCUGUAGACAUGGAGCGUAAUGACGGGCACAGUCCUGUACUGACAACAGGUGCGAGUCAUCGAGGCAGCACAUGGUACGAUACGGACAUUGUUGUACGAGGGAAUCCUCAAAGCUCGUGCACGACAUAACGUGGACCCUACCCGAACAACGUACGUGACACCUGAGGUCAUAAACCCAUUGGAUUCCCUGGUUCUAUUGAACUUUUAGUGAUCAGACACUGACAUUCUUCAUGUAUCAUUUGGUGCGGUGGGGUAGCCCUGUGGUUAAAGCAUUCACUCGUCACGCCAAUGGUCCAGGUUCGACUCCCCACAUGGGUAUAAUGUGUGAAGACCAAGUGGCGUAAAACUCAAAUCACUCACUCACUCAUUCCCCCUGUAUCAAUUCUGAUUUUCCAGAGCACAUACUGAUGAACUGAAAAUGAAUAUUGUAAACAUAUACAGCUUACGUCGGGUAUCCGGAAUAAAACGUGAAAAUUGCA